UUCAAAACAAAGGCGGGCCACUUCUGUUCUCACGCUGAGCUUCGGAAAACACUUUUUGAGCCUAGGAACCUGCUCGUAGUGGAGACUCCACCCAGCACUGCAGUGCUGAAGUGUUGCCGUUGCGUUGGUGACCGAGGCGAUGGGGGACAAGACUCUUCCUCAAGAGCUCAAGCGUUGGGCUGUGGAGGAGUUUAAACUGCCCGCGAAUUGCCUUCCCUCUGACAGCUACUUCAAAACACUGUGUCUUGGACAAGGAGCCUCAAUAUGGAGAUUUGUUAUUCAGCAUGUUUACAAUCAGAGGAAUGUCAAGGUGAUGCGGGGGAAUCUGAAGUGGUACAAAAUGCUGCAGGACGAUGAGGUGUGCCGUGCCCAGGGCCAGAGCGAGGAGGAGAGGCGUCAGGGUCUGCAGCGUGAGAUUGAGGAGCUGAGAGCAGAGCUGAGUCAGCUGGAUAUGCAGAUUCAUGGAGCUGAGGAACAGCUUGCUACUGAAGAACAAUCUGUCAGGAGGAGCUGGGAGGCAGAUGGAGAAGACCGGCGCAGGGAGCUGCUCCUGCGGGCCUUUGGCCAACGCUGCGUAGAGGAGAGACGCUUUCUGGAGCAGGAGAUCCACAGGGUGGCUGGACACUGCCAGGCACUGGGAUGGCUCUCCAAGAAAGCAGAAGUGGAGUUGGUCUUUGGAGGCGAUGCUGUGGAUCGCACUGGUGCCAGCCAGGACCACUCUGGGCCCGAGCCACAGGUUCUUCGAGAAGUGAGGGAGCUGUGUGAGGAGCGGGUGCUUUUCUUCCAGUCUCUGCUUGAAAGCGAGCUUAAGAGUGGCCCCCCUGCAGCAGCACACAUGUCCCGUGAGCAGAGAGGAACUGUCUUUCAGCACUGGCUAAGUGCUGUGGAGGACCUGGUGCGCACUCAUCCGCCCAGCCACGUGCUUGCUGCCUUGCAGCACCUGGCCUCCCGCCAGCAGGCGUCACUGCAAGAAAAGCUUGCUUCCUUGGAUGUGACAAAAGACAUUUCUGCACUUAGGUAUCGCUACGAAAGCUGCCGGUUGCACGACCUGUCAAAGGACACAGAGGAGCUGCCCUCAGUGAAGUCACUCAUGCAGGCGGGCUGGGAGGAGGUGGAGCAGAUGGUUGUGCAACUGGCACAAAUGAAGGCGCGUGUCCAACAGAAAAAGAGCCAGCUGGACGCCCACAGGAAGAAGGCUGAGCUGGAACAGCUGGACGAUCAAGCUCAGAUAGAGCCUCAGGCUGGGUCGGUGAUGGACCUGGAACUGCAGCAUGUCAUGCAGACCGCCAGGCGGGACAGUGUGCUGGAGCAGUGCGAGACCCUCAGCCUGCUGGCCAGAGAGAGACAGGAGGCUUUGCACACCCUGCGCAGCCAGUGGCAGAGCAUCAUGGACUUCAGGCAGCUUGUGGACAACAAGCAGGAGCAGAUCAGGGGACUUAUAAAGGGAAACUCUACUGCCAAGACUGAAAUGUUGCGCAUACAUAGCGAAGCUGGACAGUUUGUGAAGGACAAGCUAGGUCCACUGUGCUGGGGUGUGGUGGAUGAAGCAGGGAAGCUGCGGAACAUGGUAUCCCAGGAGACCAGACAGGCAGCAGGGGUGUCACUGGCAGCUCUUGACUGCAGGGUCAUCAGUGGCUUGCAACGGGUCCCAGCUGAAUCGCUUUCAAUCCACCGUCUGCAGUCUGGCACAUUCCACACUCUGUUGCAAAAUAUGGCCUUCCCGAUAUCCAUGGCUCCCGAGCAGCUGUGUGCACAGGCAGUCUCUCAGCAGCUCCAGUUGCGCUUCCUGAGACGGCUGUUGCAGCUGCGCUCGGCCUCGCUGCUCAGCCUGCAGAACCAGAGAGCGAUGCUUCCCGUCACAGACACACAGGCCCUUCUGCAACAGGUACGCGAGGCGGACGAAGAGAUCCUGCGAUCGUUUCUGCCUCGCGUCCGGGAGCUGAGCCAACGCACUUCCCAGGCCCUGCUGUAUGCUGGGGAGGCAAAAACCACAAUCGCCCACUGGUGGGAACAGCCAGCGCAGCUUGCCCUGCCGGAGAUGACCCGGGGAGGUCUUACUCUGCAGCAGUGGCUGCAGCGAUGGAGACUGGCAGCCAAGGCUUUAGAAUGAGCCCAAAGUCACACCGCACUGGGCAAACGGUGUAAAAUCUGUGUAUGCAUGUGUUAGACAUUUUAAUGUACCAUCAUGAGAUCCAUCUGCAUUUGUAAAAAAAGAAAAA